UCUUUCUCUCUUUCAGGCAUUUCUCAUGUCUCUCAUCCAAGUACAUGUGUCCCGGUGUUCCCGCGGUGAUGAGUAACCUGCUUGCCAACAUCAACGCCUACUUCGCUCACACAACAACGGCAAACACCAACAUCUCCGCCUCCGACCGAUUCGCAGCAUCCAACUUUGGGAGAGAGAAGUUCGUCAAACUCUUGGAUCAGCUUCACAACUCUCUGCGCAUCGACCUCUCCAAGUAUCGGGAUAAUUUCCCUGCUGGGAAUCCAGAGAGACUCCAGGACUUGAAAUCAACCGUCGACCUGCUGACGAGCAUCACCUUCUUCAGGAUGAAGGUGCAGGAGCUGCAGAAUCCUCCCAGAGCCAGUAUGGUGGUUAAAGACUGUGUGAAGGCCUGUCUGGACUCCACCUACAAAUACAUCUUUGACAACUGCCAUGAGCUCUAUAACCAGCUGCUGGACCAGGCUAAGAAGCAGGAUCUGCCGCGUGAGGAACAGGGUCCGUCCAUCAAGAACCUGGACUUCUGGCCCAAACUGAUCACGCUGAUGGUGUCUAUUAUUGAUGAGGACAGAAUGGCCUACACACCCAUCAUUAACCAGUUCCCUCAAGAGCUGAAUAUGGGCAGAAUCAGUGCUGAAAUCAUGUGGAACCUCUUUGCCAUGGAUAUGAAGUACGCAAUGGAGGAACACGACAAGCAUCGUCUAUGUAAGAGCACAGAGUACAUGAAUUUGCACUUCAAAGUCAAAUGGUUCCACAACGAGUACGUCCGAGACCUGCCUGCCUUUAAGGGAAUUCCUCCAGAGUAUUCACUGUGGUUCGAGCCGUUUGUUAUCCAGUGGUUGGAUGAAAAUGAAGAUGUAGCGAUGGAUUUCCUCAACGGAGCUCUAGAGAGAGAUAAAAAAGAUGGGUUCCAGCAGACAUCAGAACAUGCUCUCUUCUCCUGCUCGGUGGUGGAUGUGUUCACGCAGCUCAACCAAAGCUUUGAGAUCAUUAAGAAGCUGGAGUGUCCAAACCCUCAAGCUCUCGCUCACUUCAUGCGCAGGUUUGCAAAGACCAUAAAUAAAGUUCUUCUCCAGUAUGCUGUGAUCAUCUCUAAAGACUUCAACAACCAUCUGAACAAAGAGAAAGUGUCCUGCAUCCUCUUGAACAACAUCCAGCAGCUCCGAGUUCAGCUGGAGAAGAUGUUCGAGUCCAUGGGAGGAAAACAGCUGGAUGCGGAGGCCAGCGAUCUGCUGAAAGAGCUGCAGAAUAAACUCAAUACGGUGCUGGAUGAGCUCAGCGGCGUCUUCGGCUCCAGUUUCAAGCCGGUCAUUGAGGACUGUGUCAAACAAAUGAACCAGGAGCUGAUGCAGAUGAAGGGAAGCACAGGGAACAAGAGUAACGCAGCCAUGGACGCAGAGACCGUCCUGAGACCCCUCAUGGACCUGCUGGACAAGAACCUAAUUCUGUUUGCCAAGAUCUGUGAGAAGACAGUUCUCAAACGGGUCCUUAAGGAGCUGUGGAAGAUAGUGCUCAACACUAUCGAACAACAGAUUGUUCUUCCACCUCUCUCAGACCAGACACAAGGGGCUCAGAUGAUUUUCAGCGCUGCCAAGGACCUCGGCCAGCUCUCCAAACUCAAGGAGCAUGUGAUCCGGGAGGAAGCUCGCAGUCUGAGCCCUCGACAAUGUGCCGCCAUGGAUUUAGUGCUUCCCACCAUCAAGCAAUAUUUCCACGCGGGUGGAAACGGUCUGAAGAAAACCUUCCUGGAGAAGAGCCCCGAUCUCAAGUCCUUGAAAUACGCCCUCAGCCUUUACACUCAACCCACAGAUGCCUUGAUCAAGAAAUAUAUAUGCACCCAAACCUCUCAAGGUCAGUCCACGUCUGGAUCCACCGGGGAGGUCGCCAUCUACACACACAGACACACACGGCGCUUAAUUCAUGAUUUAGAUACUCUCAAGCCGUUUACUGCUGUUGUGGGUGUGAACAAUAUCAACUGGCAGACGAACGCCAUGUUUCGGCCUUUCGUGGAGGUCAACGCCAUCGGCCCGCACCUGGCUGACAAGAAACGCAAGUUUAGCACCAAAACCAAGAACAACAACUGGUCUCCAAAAUUCAACGAAACAUUCCAGUACGUGCUGAGUAAUGAACACGGCCCAGAGGCCUACGAGCUUCACAUCUCCGUGAAGGACUACUGCUUCGCCCGAGAGGACCGAAUCAUCGGCAUGACAGUCCUGCAGCUCAGAGAACUGGCCGAGAAGGGCAGCCUGAACGCCUGCUAUCCGCUCGCCAGGAGCGUAAACAUGGACGAAACCGGCCUGACCAUCUUGAGAAUACUCUCGCAAAGGACCAACGACGAAGUGGCCAAAGAGUUCGUACGUCUCAAAUCAGACACGCGGUCGGCCGAGGAAGUGUCGUAGAGAAGCGCGGUUGUGUUUGUUUUCGUGCAUGUGUGUAAAACAUCUGUUGGAAUGUUCAUUUUAAACUACAAGUACGUACAAAAGUGUUUACCUACCGUAUGCUCUCUAUCAAAUAUUAUAUUCUACGAAGUUAUGUUCAAGAGACAGUUUUGUAUGACGAUUAGUCUUUUUGAACAGAUACCGUAUUUGUUCAGAUAAAGUGCCAAACCUGAUGAGUUUAAAAAAAUACAAAAAAAACUAUAGUCUAAAUACAAAUACAUAUGAAUUAUUGGUGAAGUUGGUAUCUUUCUAAAUUUGCUCGAUUAUUUUGUCCGGUGUGUAUCAUCCCUUUUUAAGUGUGUAGCGGUUUUGUUUGUCUUCAUUCUUGCACCGUUUUUGUUCGUUUCGUUUUUUUCGCGUUUUUAACACACGGCACUGGUGGUGCAUGUCUCGUUUUCUUGGUGACGUCUCUCUCCCAUGUGUUCGCAGUGACUGUGGGCAUCCGCUCGGACCCGCCCCCCUCCAACGUUUUGUAUUCGAGUCCACUUUAAAAAGAGACCAUUUUUUAAAAUGGCGAUGACUGCUACGAAUCUCUUCAUAAGUGUUUGUAAUUUUAUAGUCGUUGACAACAAUGAAAACCACCUCGAGUGCUGCCAGUCCAGGCAGGAGGGGUGGGAUACUCUUUUCGUUUGUUUUUCGUAGGUUUAGUGGCUUUACGUUUCCUUUUUUACCAUAGGCUUUCAGCCUUUCUGAAUUAUCACUGUGAACAUGGGCUGUGAAAGGCAAGCUUACAUCACAUUUGUUGACUGUUUGA